GAACGUAAACACAUUCACGAAUCACUUGUCUCUCUGUAUUUGCUCUGCAAUCGAUUAUAAAAAGGGUGUCUUAUCAGCUAUAAUACUCAAUCGCUGAAUGAAUGAGCGAUGAUUACAACGAGAACAUUUAUAAAACACAGUGUUUGUUCACGUCAUUCUGUGUUCAGUCGAGUUUUUCAUUCAAAAUUUUCCACUAAAGCAAUGGCAUCCGAAUGCCUACUGAGUAAUUUAAAAACUUUAUUUUCUUGUGGUGUGAGUUCAGUGCAACCGGAGCAUAUUUUCCGUGCCGACAAUUUGACCAUUGAUACGGAUGCAUCGAAAAUCAUUUGCAAUUUCAAUGAAAAUCGUGUGACAAUAGAUAUUCAUGACAGUAAGCGGUGCCAUCUAGUUGGAUUUGGUAAAGCCGUGUAUGGGCUCGCUAGCCAGUUGAGUAAAGUACUUGGCAAUCGGUUGGAAUCUGGGAUGAUAAGUGUUCCGUUAAAUAUACACAAGAACUUUGGCGAUAUUCAAUUGUCGUCUGCGAUUAAAGUGUUCGAAGGUGCAAAGAACAAUUUGCCCGAUGAAAAUGCGAAGCGAGCCGCUGCUAAAAUUGUACAGUUUGUAAAAAGUUUAAAUAAGGAUGAUGUGUUAUUUGUUUUGAUUUCGGGCGGUGGUUCGGCGUUGCUUCCAUUGCCAUGCAAAGGUGUGUCACUCCAUGAAAAGUUGGAUAUUAUUAAGAAAUUGGCUAGCAAAGGUGCAACCAUUACCGACAUCAAUCGUGUUCGAAUCGAUUUGUCCGAAACAAAAGGUGGGAAAUUGGCCAACUGUGCAAGGAAUGCGGGCAUCGUUAUCACAUUCAUUAUUUCGGAUAUCAUUGGUGAUCCGAUUGAUUUAAUUGCAAGUGGUCCCACUGUUCUAUCUCAAAACCUUGGAACAGAAGAGCGUUCGAUCGAUAUUUUGAAACGAUUCAAUCUAUGGGAUUCAUUACCUGCACACAUUCAAAAGGCAAUAAGUGAAAAUGCAACUACAUUGAGCUUACCCAAAGCGGAGAAUAUUCAAAACAUUAUUAUCGCAAACAAUGAAAUCGCUGUAAAUGCCGUCGCUACUGAAGCAGCCCAAAGACAAUUGAAAGCAAUUAUUCUGUCGACAAAAAUUGAAGGGAACGUUUCUAAUCUCAGCAACGCAUACUUUGAACUCAGCAAAUGUAUUCAAGCGUUUAAAAACGGCCAGAUAAACGACGAUCAAUUCCAUCAACUUGUAAUCAGUCUACGUGAAACACUUUCCAUUCGCGACCAGUUUCUAUUAAACAUCAAACAAAUCGUACACGAAUCGAAAGCCGAGCAAAUGGAUUUGUGUAUAAUUGGCGGAGGCGAACCAACGGUGGAAAUCACCGGCAAUGGCAUUGGUGGUCGAAACCAAGAACUUGCACUUCGCUUUGGUCAACUGUCUUUCAACGAUGACUUGACGCAAGAUGUAUUUCUUCUGGCCGCAGGAACAGAUGGCAUUGAUGGACCAACACCAGCUGCUGGAGCCAUAGGAGGUGCUGACAUUAUUCGAAACUAUUUGAUGAUACCAGGAAAAAGCCAAAGUGUUAUUGAUGCGUUCAUACAAAAUAAUGAUUCGUUUAGUUUUUAUUCAAAUCUGGCACAGGGCAUGUAUCACAUUGAUAUUGGCCACACAGGAACAAACGUUAUGGAUCUACACCUUUUGUAUUUCAGACAUAAAGAUUGAAAUUCGAUAAGAAAAUAAAAAACAGUAAAGCACAUUCUUUUUCGAACUGAACGAAUUUGAAUUUUAUUCAAGUGUUAGUAUAAUAAACGGCUAUAAAGGUACAUAAUUGCAAUUAUAUGGUACAGUACAUGUACCGCACAUUAUUUGGAACCAAAAUUUUAUAUCACAAACGUUGACUUGAAAAAAAAAAAAAUGAAAUUUGGCUAAAAAUAAAA